UAUAAAGUUUCAAGUCUAAAAAAAGUUUCAAGUCUAAAAAAUAACAAACAAUAAUAAUAUAUUUGUUAGAAUGAAGGCAAUGGUUGUUCUGCCGUUUUCAGUUAAUCCACUUAUAAAGUUAUGCCGGUGGGCAUUUUUAAUCUCUGGAAUAGCUUACGGUAUAGUAAAUCAGAAGAGAUACAGUAUUUUAGCAGUUCAAUUUAGAGAGGAAGAGAGAAAAAUGAAUAUCUUGAGAGCCGAGCAAUUUGCUCGCGAAGAAUCUUUACGAAAUCAAGAAACAGCAAGAGAGAUAGCGGAAGCUAUAACUGGGUUACGAGUCCGAUUUGAAGAAGCACUAGGCGUUGACACUGAUAAGAAAUCAACAGACGAUUCAACAUCGAAUGAAGAUUCUACUACUAAAAAUGAUUCAAUUGAAAAGUGAACUUCAACCGAUGAUUUUGCAGUGACAGAGUAGAUCACUUCCAAGGAGGGCGACAAAUAGAAGCAUAAGAAAAAUAACGUUUUGAAAAAUACGUUUUAUAUUUUAAGGAAUUUGUAC